UCGGUUGAGAAACAGCUCACCUGUCUCUGUCUCUAUAUUCAUAAAUGCUUUUCACUUCCGAUCUCUCCGCCAUAAAGUCUAUACUCUUUUGCUCUCUUUGGUGAGUCCGAAGAAUCUCUUUUCUUUCUAGCUUUAGUUCAUGGCGGGGUCUUUCUCCUUCGUCCGUCGCGUGUACCUCACUCUCUACAACUGGAUCGUCUUUGCAGGAUGGGCUCAAGUUCUGUACUUUGCGGUAAAGACGUUGAAGGAAACGGGACAUGAACAUGUCUAUGACGCUGUGGAGAAGCCUCUCCAGCUUGCUCAGACCGCCGCCGUUCUCGAGAUUCUUCAUGGAUUAGUAGGUUUGGUCAGAUCUCCUGUCUCUGCUACUCUGCCGCAGAUAGGUUCAAGGCUGUUUCUGACUUGGGGCAUCCUAUACAGCUUUCCAGAGGUCCAGUCACAUUUUCUUGUUGCGUCGCUGGUCAUAAGCUGGUCUAUCACGGAGAUUAUCCGCUACUCCUUCUUUGGUCUUAAGGAAGCUCUAGGCUUUGCACCUUCAUGGCACUUGUGGCUCAGAUACAGCAGCUUUUUAGUGCUGUACCCGACCGGUAUCACCAGUGAAGUAGGUCUUAUCUACCUUGCCUUACCACACAUCAAGACGUCUGAGAUGUACAGCGUUAGGAUGCCAAACACACUGAACUUCUCGUUCGAUUUCUUCUACGCAACGAUACUCGUCCUUGCAAUCUAUGUCCCAGGUAGUCCACACAUGUACAGGUACAUGCUUGGUCAGCGUAAGAGAGCUCUCUCCAAAUCCAAGAGGGAAUAAUAAAAAAAGCUUAUAGAGAGUGGAGAGACCAAAGCCUCAGCUCAUCAACUGCUUCUUUUCUCUUGCCUAGUUUCUUUCAUGUUCUUCUCUUUGUUAGACUCUUUAAGUCUUUCGUUUUCUUUAAUUCCUCAGGGAUCGUGUAAACUUUAAGCAGGUUACUAUAUCAAGACUAAUGUAAUGACUAGGUUAAUACGAAUUCUAUUGUCUUGCUUCUUA